AUGGGCGUGCUGCGCCCGCUGCUGCUCGCCGCGCUCUGCCUGGCCGGCCGGCUCCCUCCCGCCCGCGGCUGUCAGCUGCCGUCGGAGUGGAGGCCGCUGAGCGAGGGCUGCCGCGCCGAGCUGGCCGAGAUCAUCGUGUACGCCAAGGUGCUGGCGCUGCACCGGGAGGUGCCCGGCCUCUACAACUACCUGCCCUGGCAGUACGAGGCUGCGGCGGGGCUCUUCUACUCCGCCGAGAUCGAGAUGCUGUGCGACCAGGCGUGGGGCAGCAUGCUCGAGGUCCCCGCAGGCUCCAGGCUCAACCUCACCGGCCUGGGCUACUUCUCCUGUCACUCCCACACGGUGGUCCAGGACUACUCCUAUUUCUUCUUCCUCAGGAUGGAUGAAAAUUAUAACCUCUUGCCUCAUGGAGUCAAUUUCCAAGAUGCCAUCUUUCCAGACACUCAAGAGAACAGAAGGAUGUUUUCCAGCCUUUUCCAGUUUUCAAACUGCUCCCAAGGGCAGCAACUGGCAACUUUCUCCAGUGACUGGGAGAUCCAGGAAGACAACAGGCUCAUGUGCUCCUCGGUGCAGAAGGCCCUGUUUGAAGAGGAGGACCAUGUCAAGAAACUGCAGCAGAAGGUGGCCACACUGGAGAAGCGGAACAGGCAGCUCCGGGACCGGGUGAAGAAGGUCAAGCGGUCUCUGAGGCAGGCGCGGAAGAACGGCCGCCACCUGGAACUGGUGAACCAGAAGCUCAAUGAGAAGCUGGCGGCCACAGCGGGAGCCCUCCCACACAUCAAUGCCUUCAGGCAGGAGCCUGCAGGCAGCACCUACCUGCGGGGAUAG